AUGGUCAGCACGGAUACUGACGACAAUUUGGAGCUAUUAUCGUCAUCCAAUAAUCAUUCGGUCAACUGGAAGAUUCGUCCGCAGAACAUUGGAUUCAUGUACUAUCUGAGGGUGAGUAAUUGGUCUAAUUUUCACGCAAAAACUAAUGGAUCUCCGUAAUUUUGGUUCAGUUUUAUAUGUAGAUCUUUACACUGAUUUUCAUUCCAACAUAACCAGUCUUCGACCCUUUGUCCAUAUCAUAUUAUCCACACGCUAUUGUAGAGUAGAAAUAAAAUAGGAGAAAACUAAUCGGUUUGUUUUCCACCAAGAAAAUGUUGCGCAACGCAAUUCUUGGUGUAACGCAAUGAGAAACAACCAAUUUCCUUCUCUCUUCAAACUUUGUCCUUACUUCUAAUGAGCUUGCUCCGAGCUUCUUGCGUCCAAAGGCUAGUAAAUUAUUGUUUUGCGCUCAGCCGCUAGAGGGACUCAUGAACUCAAAUUUAAAGUCAGUCACCGGUUAAUUUCUGAUCUCUUGUUUGUUAGACGCCUUCGGUUCGCCCCCUUCGCGUCCCCAUUAGCCAUUAAAAAGCUCAUAAAAUAGUGUGAGGCAAUUGUCUCUUUCUUUUCAGACAUUGGAUGAUGGCCAUGAUCUGGGCGUGCGAGGCAUCGUCAAAUGGAAAGUGCAACUAAAAAAUUGGAGUCCGAACGACACGACACUUGAAGGAUUUUUGGUCACUAUUAUGGAUCACGAUACGAAUGAAACUGUGGACAGUUACGAGUUGACAAUGACGGAGCCGUUUGAGCAUUUCGCCGAGCACAAUGAGGUUUUGGAAAUGCGCUUGGAGAUGGAUAAUGUUCUGGGAUUCGAUAGAAGAUAUGAUGCAAAGGUUUGCGGCACCUGGCGCUCCCACAAUAUUGGUUUUUCUUGCAGAUAAACAUUCUUCCGAUUGGAAAACAAGCACCCGCCUCGUCAUUCAUCUCGAUCAUGGGAAAGCUAGAGGGCGAAAAGUGCUCGACGAUGACCGGUUUGUUUAUAAUUUGAUCAUUUAAAGAUAAUUUUAUCUUUUCCACUAUUGAAAAUUCCUUUGUUCUCCUCUCCCCUCCCUUCUCCUCCUGCCGACGGAAUUUUAUGAUUCUGGCGCAUCUCCAGGCGUUUGCGAACCAUCAUAAAUCGUUGAUCAGAAUCGGAGGAGCGGUCCGGCGCACAUUUAUCUUCUUUGUGUUUCAGGUUUGGCUGAGAGAUGGGCACCACACGUCAUGGUCGAUGUGUUUGAUGCAACUGCUGAAGUUGAGGUACUUCUUGAUCAGAUAACCGGGGUUAUGGAUGAAGUCUAAGCAUUUUUUAUCAUAAUUAUGAUAAGAUUAAGUCUGAUAGGGAUGACAAUUUGUACUACCGGAAAAUUUCUGAAAAUAUGAUAAUAAUCUUGGAUUUUUUGAAACCAGUGUCCUGAUAACUAGACCUCCGAAAAAUCGGUCGCUUAACCCCAGUUCCCGACACAGAUAUGGACUGGACAGUUCAAAAGAUUAUCCGUCAAAUCCGAAUAAGCAAAGCAAUGAACAGUUGAAAAUAUGAUCUCAACGAUCUGAUUCCGUCGACGUCAUCACCACAAUCAUCAUAAUCAUCAUGAUCUAUUUUUCAGUUGUCUUGGAAGCCAGCACCAUCGUUCCUUUGCAUCAAAACGUAUGAAGUGGUUCUGCAAAACAGAGAGGGAUUCAUUCUGAACAUCACCGAAGUCGAUGUGAGUUGUGUAAUCGUUUCGUUGAAAUGGGUUGGGUGUGCGUGAGUGAGACAUUGUUUCAAAAUAAGGAGAUAAAGAUCGGUAACGUCGCUAUUCUCAUCACGCGCAUUGAUAACGAAGACGGAGAAGAACAGAAGAACACGCCAGAAACUGGACGAGUUAUAAAUCAUUUUUUGCAAAAAUCAAGGACUUCUCCCGUCGCGCUUCAUAAAUUAUCUUACAAAUUCGCAACAAACUGGAUAAUCAUUAUCAAUGUUUUCAGGUCACACCGGGCCAACUCCUGGCAAACACCAGUUUUAGGCAACUGGCAAGAGAUCAGAUGAUGCACGUCAAGGUUUUUUGAGAAAGGGACAAGGCCGUUCAUGAUGUUUACUAUCCUACUUCAGGUUCGCGGCAAGAACUCAAUUGACGGCGGUUGUGCUUGUGUCAACUGCAAUUGUAUCACUGAUAAGUCCAAGUAUUUUACGAUACCGACUAUCACUCGGACGGUACGUGAACAAAUGAUCAUGAACAUUACAUAAAAAGAGGGGGACUAGUUGAAUACUGACCAGAGAGGGUUCUAUCACGAAGGAUUGAAAAAAAGAGAUCAUCAAACUCUAAAAAAAGCACAGUCUAAAAGAACCCAGCUAAAAAUACAUUUUUCCAGACAACGAUCACCCCAACAACUAAAUACGCCAUACAUAAGUCAUCUGAGCCAUUCUCCAUCCUUCACAUCUUCCUGUGCCUCACAGCACUGGGCGUCGUGUUUGCGAUUCUCAUAAUCGGAUGUUUGUGCUGCAAGAAGUACAACAAAGUGAUCUGGAAGCAGAAAGUUGCAUUCAACGCUCUCAAAACUUCCCAAUUCCCGAACAAAAAAAUCAGAGAGGAGAGUACGUAUCACACACGCGUUUAGCGUGUACAAUCCGACAUUUGUUGCAGAAAUCUUCAAAAUUAUGCUAGUUUGUCCUGAACUGACAGGAAGGGAACAUGAUUAUAUGAUGAGAAUUGCGGAGGCGAUGAGAAAUUCGAGUAAUACAGUGGUUUGCGAUAGAUGGAAGGAGCAUUCCGAAGAAGCGGAGGAGAACAUGUUGCAUUGGGUCUACCAACAAACACAGAUUGCUGAAAAGGUAAACAAACAUACAAAAAUGUGCGGGAACUAAAUGGAAUACUAGAAAAUUAUCUUAGAACGUGGCCAAUUAGCUUGAAACUUGAUGGGUCGCUUUCAAUUUUCUCAGAAACCUGAGAGCCUGCAAAUUGUCGGUGAUUUGUACCAUUACAUUUUUUUUCAGAUUGUGAUGUUUCAUUCGAACGCCUAUCAGCCUCGAUGUGGUGUCUAUGACGUCAUUAACAACUUCUUUCCUUGCACGGACCCUCGUCUUGCUCAUAUCACCCUCUCCCCGUGUUCUCAACAAAACGUUCCCCGUGAAGUUGAGUUCGUGAUGCCUCGAGACCAGAAACUUUUGGAAGAAGCGUAUGGAAUCACAAUAGCGGACCCGCUGAUCAUCGAUAUCCCGGGUGACUGUCCUGUGCUAGUGCCGAUAUCCCCUCAAGAAAUUGGGGUAGCUGAGAACAGUGUGCAUAUUUCACCGGACUGCAAAACGCAUAGCACGGACUCGGGCGUGUCAUCAAUGUCAAGUAAUAGUUCAGAUUCAGGAGGGAUUACAGAUGUAAGCUAUAAUAGUUCCCAAAAACUUCAAGACAAAUUCAAUUUCAGUCUCUACCAAGUGAUAUGGAAUCCCAGCUGAAAGACUUGAACAUCGAAUCACAUCCCCUCCUGCGGCAACCGAUUCCAGUCUAG